GGUGUUCUGGGAGGAAGGUGGUCAGUUGGGGUGUUUCCUUGGAGAUAUACAUCUCAACACACAACGCUAUUGGUUAUCUCUCACUCCCUCUCGCUUCCUCAAGUGUCCUCUCUUACGACUUCUCUUACGUCCCCUUUUACGUACUCCAAAAUACGAAUUCUUCAGUUCAAACAGACACGAAAUGUCAAAGCAAGCGUCCAGCGACACAUACAACCCGCCAAUGGGUGGCAUCUUUGCCUACAUUCCCUCAUCCUGUGUGCCAUAUCUCGAAGUGGUGCGUCUCCAUCCGCCAUUGCGGAUUCCAAUGGUUAUUUUAUGCCUCAUGAUCGGUCUGGCAUAUGGCGCCAGUGUGACAUCGCCUACUCUGCCCAUCACCGAAGUCCUGAAGCGUGCCUUCUAUCUCAACACCUCUGCCUUCAUCAUCACAGGCGCUCUCACAUUAUUUAGUAACGUGGUCAAUGCCAAGUUUGAUGAAGAGGAUCCUCGAACCAGGUUUCAUCCUAUUGCUCGUGGCGCGAUUAGUAGACUUCAAGUCCUCGCCUUCAGCGGUGCGAUGCUUGUUCUAGGCUUGUCGCUGCUUGCGUAUCUUCCCGUGAAACCAUACAUAUGGGCCAUCACGACUACUCUCACGAUGACGGAUUACCCCUUUCUGAAGGGUGACACAGACACUCCAUGGAGAGAUUCAGGCUUUGGAUACGUGUUCGCCGUUUGGCAGGGUAUGGCGACUGCUGGCUUUUGCAUUUUUCCAUGGUCAUCACUCUGUUAUUCCGCAAUACAUCUUGGAGGGUCCUCCAUAUCUCUCAUCAUGUUGCUUCAAACAAUUCACUCAUUUCAUGAUGUUCGUGAAGAUGCAAGAGCUGGACGCAAAACACUGCCGAUAUUGCUGGGGCAUAGAGCAAAACCAUGUCUAUUCGGCCUCACGUUCUUACUCGAAUCUCAAUUGAUGGUGCUUGGCUGGCAGAGUGGAUUUUCGUCUGUCUAUUACCUUUGCUGUGGUGCUUUAUUCUUUGUCCUCUCUGCGAUGCUGGUACUGGUUGACUUGAGGAUACCGGCAGACUGUAUUCGGUGGUCGCAGCGUGGGGCGCUUUGGUCUCUCGCAGCUAUUUCCUUGGGCAUUUUUGCAGAGUAUCUCCUUCGUGCAGGGUCGUUUUCUUCUUGAGCUUUAACCAAACCUAAAGAAAACUUUUCAACAAGCAAUCGAUGAUGGGCAACCGAUGACGGAAUGGGUUACAAACUGAUUUGAAUUACGAAUUCAAAUAAUUAUGUGGAAUAUCCAAUGAUCAUCAACCAUUGACCGCUGAAAUGCGGGCAUACGACCCAUUACUAUUUAUAUUUUUACAACAAUUAUGGAAUGCAG